AUAACCGCGCUGCCGGCGCGCGCGCUUCUCUCCGGGCUCCGACGCCGCUGCGGGGCAUGGCCGCUUCAUCCCUCGUGUCCACGUUGGCCACCCGGCUGCUGCGACCCGCACAGAACUGCUGCCUCCGUCACUGUCCACUCCAUUUCUCGGCUGUUCGAAAUGAAGCUGUUGUCAUUUCUGGAAGGAAACUUGCCCAGCAGAUCAAGCAGGAAGUGCGGCAGGAGGUGGAAGAGUGGGUGGCAGCCGGCAACAAACGGCCAUACCUGAGCGUGGUUCUGGUUGGCGAGAAUCCUGCAAGUCAUUCCUAUGUCCUCAACAAAACCAAGGCUGCUGCAGAUGUGGGAAUCAACAGUGAGACAAUUGUGAAACCUGCUUCAAUUUCAGAGGAAGAACUGUUGAACUUAAUCAAUAAACUAAAUAACGAUGAUAACGUCGAUGGCCUCCUUGUUCAGCUGCCGCUUCCUGAGCACAUAGAUGAGAGGAAGAUCUGCAACGCUGUUUCUCCAGACAAGGAUGUCGAUGGCUUCCAUGUAAUCAAUGUGGGGCGAAUGUGUUUGGACCAGUAUUCCAUGUUACCGGCUACCCCCUGGGGUGUGUGGGAGAUCAUUAAGCGAACUGGCAUUCCGACCCUAGGGAAGAAUGUGGUUGUAGCUGGAAGGUCCAAAAACGUCGGGAUGCCCAUUGCAAUGUUGCUGCACACAGACGGGGCGCACGAACGCCCUGGAGGUGAUGCCACUGUUACAAUAUCGCAUCGAUACACCCCCAAAGAGCAGCUGAAGACACAUACCGUUCUUGCAGAUAUUGUGAUCUCUGCUGCAGGCAUUCCAAAUUUGAUCACAGCAGAUAUGAUCAAGGAAGGAGCAGCCGUCAUUGAUGUGGGAAUAAAUAGAAUUCAGGAUCCUAUCACUGCUAAACCCAAGUUGGUUGGAGAUGUGGAUUUUGAAGAAGUCCGGAAAAAAGCUGGUUACAUCACUCCAGUCCCUGGGGGUGUUGGUCCCAUGACAGUGGCGAUGCUAAUGAAGAAUACCAUCAUCGCUGCAAAAAAGGUGCUGAGGCUUGAAGAGCAGGUGGUACUGAAGUCUAAAGAGCUUGGAGUGGCAACUAAUUAACUAGUGUGUCUUCUGGGUCAUGAACAGUACUCCUAAGCCAGUUCAAAAGGCAAAACAGGCCAAUAGAAAUGCAGCAUCUCUUAUUUAUUCUACUGACAGGGUUUUAAACAGUGCUUUGUAUUUAUUGAAAGCUUAAGUGGGUGGAUGCUUGUGCACAUAGCUCUCCCCAGGACCUCACCAGGGAUCGUGCCAUUAUCAUGCUGGGUCGUGUGACCUGGCCAUAGGAGGAGCCAUUAGCCUGGUGACUGCAUGGGGGACACUCCCAUUGAGAAGGGCUGCUUUACUUUGUCAGACCACUUCAGUUACAAAUUGCCUUUUCCAGGAUUGCAUUUCCCAAGUGCUAUUCCAGUAAGAGUUGAUACUCACUUUAGGUUCCAAACCUUUUGAGCGCAACUGGUCAAAGGAAAAAUGUUGCUCGAGAAAAUUAGGGAAAAGCUACAAAAGAAGAAAUGAUAGUAAUUUGAGUAGAAAAAAUUUACCCUAAUUUUAUAUUGACUGAUAACCAGAAGAAAAGCUACCUGUUAAUAGUAUCCUGUCAUUUUAAAGCUUAGUCGUUGGGAAAAUGUCUGUGUGCUAUUAGCCUUUAUUUUAUGUGUGUUGCCAUUCAUGAGGUCCCCUUUUGGCUUUCUGGGAUCGAAAGGCUUAUUUUAUAAAUAAUUCCACGUGUAUUGUCAUAUUUGGUUUUUCCUAUCUCCUUAAACUUUAUUGUUAAUUUUUUUGUACUGUUGGGGAAGUCUGUAUGGUUUCUUUAGUAGAUCUUGAAACCUAUUUUUGAAAAACAAAACUUGGGCUUGAUAAUCAUUAGGGCAUUUGUAUACAUAUGCACCUGCCUUUUCCACCAAAGAAUUGUCGGCCUGCUGCCUGCUUUCUCUGAUGCACCUAUUGGCUUUCCCCAGUAGGUUUUUGAGAGCUUGAGUUAAUAUUGAAUUUAAUCAGACUUUCUGAUUACGUUUUUUGUUUUAUUUUGUUUUUUUAAUAAAACACUCUGACUAGUAUGAAA